AAGAUCGAAGCAAUAAUGGCGACUAUGGUGGCAUCAGUUGGAAUUGCAGUGAAGACGUUAAUGAGCAUAUUGGCUUGUGUCAUGGCAGCUUCAAUUGCUUACUUACUCGUCGUCAAUGGCAUCUCUACUUGUUUCGCCCCCCGUGAUUGGUGGAUGCAUGUGGCAUUGGUAGAUUUUUGCAUAACUAUCGCUAUUAUAUGGGCUUGGUUUGUCUACAAGGAAUCAAGUUGGAUCAUAGGAGUUGCUUUCUUGUUUUUGUUAUUUUGGGUCGGAAGUGUUGCUACCUGUGUAUACAUCGUUCUGCAGUUUUAUAAGUUGUCACCCGAAGAAUCUCGGAAAGAUCCAUUAUAUUUCGCGUUGGCGAGACGUGAAAAAGGGGAUGCCAUGGUACACAGAAGGGGGCCUUCUGUUGUAACUGCAAGAAUAAUCCUUUCUGCACUAGCCUGCUUGUUGCUGGGAACUUUCAUUUACACUCUUAUUGUUGAUGGGUCUCCAUUCCAAUCCAAAGUGUUCACCCCGUGCAUGAUAGCAACACUAACCGAUAUCUAUAUCCAUGUUGUCGUUUUCUCGGUGUGGGUGGCAUAUAAGGAAUCAAGUUGGACUAGUGCUUUCUUUUGGAUGGUUCUACUUGUAUGCUUUAGAAGCAUUGCUACAUGUGCAUACAUAGUGCGGCAAUUGUUCUACCUCUCACCUCAACAGUCUGUUUCAUGUAUAAUAUUCAGCAAAAGUAACAGAGAUUUACAAUCAAGGGAUCCAUUAUUGGUGCCACAUUCGGAUGUAUAACUAGACUAUAUAUAUAGUUCAUUGUAAUGGUUUGCAUGAACAAGUGGUUGAAUAUGUAGUAUUGAAUCAAACUUAGCUUGAAAUAGACGAUGAGAUUAAUUUGAAGGGUAAUUGUCUAUU